UCGCGUCCCAUCCUCUGCCCUCACCCAAAAUGGCCGCGGGUGCCUCCGUCCGUCCCUGAGGCGGGACCAGCGCUGAGGGCGCGGGAGGCGGAGGCGGCCGCGGAUCCCUUUCGAACGCGGCUGGAGGCCGGGCAGUGAGGUUUCAUGAGUCAAGCUGGGCUGUUGGGAGUUUCUGUUGAAGAUGUACAUGUUGGUUGAAAAACGCACAAAUUCCCACCUUCACCUAAAGAGGUCACCUGGCAUCCGCUCCUGGUCUCUCUGUGUUGGAAUAGCCUCCAUAGGUUUGGCUGCUGCUUAUUAUAGUGCAGACAGCUUGGCAUGGAAGCUCUUCUACAUGGCUGGGUGUUUCUUUGUGGCAGCCCAGAAUCUGGAGCAGUGGGAGGAAGCCGUAUUUGAUAAGAACAAGGGAACAAUCUGCCUAAAAACCUUCAACCUCUACAAAAAAAUACUGACCUUGUCAAAAGGAGGCAAUGAACAAGUGGUGGCCGUGCUGAGCGAGAUCCGCGAUGUGAACGUGGAGGAGGAGGCCGUGCGCUAUUUCGGGAAGGGCUACCUGGUUGUGCUGCGCUUCGUCACCGGCUUCUCGCACCCGCUCACCCAGAGCGCCGUGCUGGGCUGCAGGAGUGAUGUGGAAGCAGUUGCCAAACUCAUUACGAGUUUUCUGGAACUGGAUAGAGUAGAGACUCCACAGGAUUUCUCCCAGAGCAGCGAAACAGAGGCAAGUGAUGCAGAUGAACCACAGGUUAAAUACUGAUUGAUCGUUAAAUACAUUGUGAACUGAAACAAGCAGAGGCUUUCACACAUCUGGAAAAUAUUCUGAUUGUUCUUCCGAAAAAGAAAUCCCUCACAACCUUGACCUGGGCAUUUCUCAACGGGUGGAAUCUGUCAUAGUUUAGUGCUAAACUGCUUCAAGACCCUGCAUGUGGACACUGCUGGCUUUUGAACUUUGGUCACCUCAUCAAACUUGUCUAGGAAUAGUUAUUUAUUAAUGAAUUGGUUUGAAAUAAUUGCUUUUCCAUUAAUGAAGAUACAGAUGUGAACUUCUGCUUACUGCAAACAUUUGCUGCAGGUACAGUAUAUGCAAUGUAGAAGAGUUGAAUUUGUAACUCAUAACACAACGCUUUGAGGUUUCCCCUUUAAUAUAUGCAAUUAGGAGAUGCAGAGUAGUGGCACUUUUAUGUUCUCUACUACUGACUUGCCAUUGGAUAUCUGUGGAAAUUAAAGUCUGAGUGCCUCUCUUGGAAUUUUAAACAUCAGGUUGAUCAACUUGUAACGGUGUCUUAACUUAUCUCAGACUCACCAAGGAGCCAUAAAUAGCAAAGGAAGAAUGAUCGUGAUGGAACCUCUUUGGGAUGCUCUACCUUAAUCCUGUUCUGCUUAACUUCUGGGCAGGACAGAGCAAUGUUUUUCUAGACCUCAAUGUUUACUAUUUAAACUGUGUAUUUAGAAAGGAAGCAGGGACAUGUGUAACUUUAGGUAGGGAAAAGACUGAUGUCAAACAAGGUGGCAGCUUAGAGUUGUUGAGUAUUUCCUCACUUGAAAUGAUACCCAAGUGCUAAAUAAUAACUUUUUUUAAGGUAGGUAGCAUAGACUAAAUGUCUGACUUGUACCUGUGUUUUACUCCAGGUGUGUGGUGUCCUCUGUUCUGACCAAUGGUUUCACAGAUAGUUAAAAUAAUUUUUUUUCAAGGUAUUUCUGAAGUAAAAGCUACCUCUGUUAGUGAACAUAUUCUCUCUAGAACCAGAACUCCAUCAUGCUUACAUUAACAUGUCAGUACAAGAAAAAAUUGUAAAAAGCUGCAAGCUCCUUUAGCAUGCUACAGCUGCUUGUACUGAAGUUCACGAGGUUUUAUUUAGGAAUCUUAUGGUCUUUAGAGCUGAUUUAGAAAAUAUGUCCACAGUUGCAUCUAGGAGAUGUAGCAGGGUACGGGGAACUGUGUUGUCUGCUUUCACGGUUGGCCAGCAGCAAAUGUCUCCUGGCAGCAAUUUCUUCAGAAUUUGAAAGAGCCUGUGUUCCUGUCUCCAAUCACUCUACCUCUACAGAGAGAAGGCUCUGAAGAGUUUUUGGUAGAAGGCACGUCCUGUUGUGUGUUCAGUUUGGUGUGAAGCUGAGCACCUGCUCUUCAAAGAUUUCCCUUCCAGCUGUUCAGCCCCAGGAUGUGAGCAGAGGCCGAGGCCGGUGCUGGUGCUGUCAGUGGAAGGUACUCACACUGCAGCAGGGUUGAUGGCUGUUGAUGUAGCUUGCCUGCAGCACUAGGUCUGUUUCCCUUAAAUAAGAUAAAAAACUUGUAAUCACAUCAGGUAUCAGUACAGAGCUCUGCCAAUACACCUUCCUGAAAAUCCUGUGAGUUAUUGGGUAAUCAAGGGGCUUUUGGUGCCUACCCCACACCACUGGAACUGGGAAGCUGCUGUGUUGCAGGCAAUUAGCUAAAUUGAGCCUUUAGCCUUUAUUCUGCAGCACAGCCGUAGGCUAAGCAUAAUCAUCAAACCUGUUUAAAAAAUAUUGCAGGGUGUAACACUUUAUGUGGAGUUCCUCAUUUAAAUCCACUGUGAUGCAUACCCCGGGUGAUGUUCAUUUUAGAGAGAGGAGAAUGAGAUGGGGAUUUGGAGAACUCUUUUUCCCCCACAGUGUAAAAUGAGAAUAGUGAGUGUUCUAAGGGCUUCCAGUAGGAAGUACUGUCCUAGAGUAUGUAAUGGUGCAGUGUAAGCACAAGGGCUCAGCCUGUGGGAGCUGCUGCUUUGUAUCAAGGGUAUUCAGAGGGCAUUGUGGCGUGCAUUGCACUUUGAGCCCGUGGAGGGGACCAUGGAUAAACCAGACAGAACUACCUGCCUUCAGUCUUUCAUUGGUAUUCCCAUGAGAGCUGACAUUCCAUGGAAAAUACAAACCAUGCUGUAGUUCUCCAGUUAAAAACCAGCUUUUGAGAGGUACAUCUGUUGGUGUGACCGUGCACUG